CCCAUUUUUUUUACCAAAAAAAAAAAAAAAAAAAAACUGACCACCUUCCUUGUGAAUAAUCUCAUCCCCAAAAAGGCACUACCUUGACCCAUCACCCACCUCCAUUUGUUACACUAACAUGCGCCAUCACCUUCACCCACACCCCAUUUUCUCUCUCCUCACUUCCUUCCCCACCACAAUUACAACCAUGCCUCCUUCUUCCUCCUCCUCUCCUCUCUCCAAACCCCGCAAACCAUCUUCCUCCUCCGCCGUCAACCACCACUCCUCCACCCUCUUCUGCCGCCACCACUCCCCCUCCGCCACCGCCACCCUCGAUCUCCUCAUCCUCAUCCUCGUCCUCUUCUCCGGCACCUUCCUCCUCACUUCCUACUUCUCCUACAUCUUCAACUCCCUCUCUCUCCUCCUUCCCCCCCUCUUCAUCUCCCACUCCUCUCUCCUCCACCAAUUCCCCCUUAUUUACCUUCUUGGGUUCCUCCUCUCUUUCGCUCUCGUUGCUGUUUCUUUCGAGAUUUGCUGUUGCGGUGGAUUUGGGUUUGGGUUUCGAUCCCGGAAAUGUCAUAACCCUAAGUGUAAAGGGUUGAAGAAGGCUUUGGAAUUUGAUUUGCAGUUGCAGAUUGAGGAUUGCUUGAAAUCGGGGCCCAAUGAUAUUGAUAAAUUGCCGUGGAAAGGUGGGACUGAGUCUAAUCCUGAUUAUGAGUGUCUUAGAGCUGAGUUGAGGAAGAUGGCGCCGCCUAAUGGUCGUGCUGUUCUUCUUUUUCGUGCUAAAUGUGGCUGCCCUAUUGCCAAAUUGAUCGGUUGGGGACCUAAGAAAGGGAGAAAGCAUAAAAAGGCUUUAUCUAAUUUAGCAGCCAACGGAGAUCAUCGCUGAUGGUUCAUUUCAAGAUGGCUGCGGCCUGUGGCUGUACUGAUACAUAGUUGAUAUAAUCCUUUCGUGCUACUAAAUCAGCUGAUUUGCCAUUUCGAUGGAAGUUGGAUGUUAGAGGACCAAACAUUUAAUUGAAACUGGCAGAGGACAGCCUUCCAUCUGAAUUGCAUUUUCUGUAUGAAUGUCAUUAUGUAGAACUGAAAGGAUAAAAUACUGUUUAAAAUUUCAUUAUGUUAUGGAUUGUUAAUAUCAAUUUAAUGCCGAUAAAUAAAUGAAAGUUUAUUUCCUUGUUACUGUCCA